AUGCCGUCUCCGCCGUUGGACGCAGGCGCGAAGAACCUGCUCGUAGACAAGCUGCGGCAACAGCCCACGCGCUCGGCGCCUGCGCCGGCGCCUACGGCACCAGGGCCAGCUGACCCUUUCGAAGGCGCACGCAUGCCAGAGGUGGUACGCUCUCCUACGUUCAGCAACGCACGACCGUGCAAACGCAUCGUUACACAGCGCCACUUAGAACACUUUCAUCAUGGGCCACUCUUUGCAGAGAUACUUGGCAUUCUACGUGCGGGAAACGAGGCUGUGCGUGGGAAGAAGCUCACGGACGCGGUACACGAAAGUGCCGAGGUCCAAGCGCUCCUCGCGAUCGUGGACCAAAUCCAUGCACUGGUGGAAGAAACGCCUCGCGAUACGGACUCGGCAUCUGUGUCGCGUUUUGGCAAUCCGGCAUUCCGGACCUUGCACGAUAAAAUCUGUCACGCCUCUGACAGGCUCAUGGAAGGGAUACCUGGGCUGGCAGGGCCGGAGCAUGCUCGGGCGCGACAGGAACUCGCCGUGUACCUGCAGGAGUCGUGGGGCAACGCAAAGCGGAUUGACUACGGCAGUGGAAUGGAGCUCAACUUUCUCUGUUGGCUGCUGGGUCUCGUUAAGCUGGGUAUCUUGGAUUUGGCACGCGAUGCUGAGGCACUGGUCCUCCGCGUGUUCUGGAAGUACGUGGGUGUCAUGCGCAUCAUCCAAGCCACGUACUGGCUAGAACCAGCAGGCAGCCACGGCGUGUGGGGUCUGGACGACUACCAUUUCCUGCCGUUUCUCUGGGGCGCCGCGCAGCUGAUGGACCAUCCGUAUUUGCGGCCCAAGUCGAUUCACGACCCUGAGAUUGUGGCUGAAUGCGCGCCGGCGUACAUGUACUUUUCCUGCAUCCAGUCGAUCAACGCCGUCAAGACCGAGUCGCUGCGCUGGCACUCGCCCAUGCUCGAUGAUAUCUCGAGUGUGCGUACCUGGAACAAGGUCAACCAGGGCAUGGUAAAAAUGUACCGCGCCGAAGUGCUGCUGAAGCUGCCGAUUGCUCAGCAUAUUUUCUUUGGCGACCUGCUCAGCUUUGGCCCUUGGGACGAGGACGAGGGCGACAUUGUAGAAGACGAGCAUGGUCACCGCUUCGCUGCUGACACGUCCCACACGCCGUGCCAUACUGAGGGCCAGGCGGCAGGAUGGGGCGACUGUUGUGGCAUCCCCAUCCCCAGCGCGUUUGCUGCCGCCGAGCUUAAGGCUAACGACCGAGUCGUGCGCCGUAUCCCUUUUGACUAA